AUGGCAACUAUCUACUCGGCAAGCAAAGCAGCAUUGUUACGAUUUUAUGAGGCACUAAGAGCUGAACUUAGUCCGGAAAUAAAAGUAACACUUGUUCUUCCGGGGCUAAUCUCUACGGAUAUGACAACUCCUAAGCUUAUAGAAAUAUUCGGUUCAGAUUCAAUACUAUCAGAAUCAGUGACUAGACGUGCAAAAGCAAUUUUUCAAGGUGUUUGUCGAGGAGAAUCAAAUAUAGAAGAACCAAGUUGGAUAAAAUGGUUAUUCUUUGUGAAGACAGUGUGCCCUGAAGUAAUCUUCUUCAUGAUCAACUACUUUUUUCUCCAUUAUCUCAAACCUGUUUACAAACGUGCUGAGAAGGCAAGAAACGGACCCAUUAAUUCAAUAUCGCUACUCUUCAUGUUGUCUUUUAAAUAUUCUAAAUACUUAGUUUAA